GAUGAUGUGAGUGAGUGAGUGAAGAUGGGUGUUUCUGUCUCGCGCUUUUGUCUCCACCUGGCGGCGGUGCGGCGGUUUGGGCGCUGCUGGAGCUCCGCUGCUGUUCCGCGGAGUGGAGGGGAUUCCGGUUAGUGCGAGAGCUCGGGCUCGCGCGUGUCUCCGUUCAGCUCUUCUUUAAACGGCUGGAGAGAGCGGGUAUCGCGGUGUGCAGGCUGUUGCGCUGUGAUUAUUGUUAUUAAUAACAGUGAUCAGCUCGGCGCUGGGAGAUGUGGUGUCUCCGUCAUGGCCCGGAGUCUGAGUCCAUGGCUGUGGCUGAGGAAGCCCAUCUACAUCCAGGCCCGGUUCUCCUACCUCCACAUGAAGUACCUGUUCUUCUCCUGGCUGGCGGUGUUCGUGGGGAGCUGGGUGGUGUAUGUGGAGUACUCCUCCUACACUGAGCUGUGCCGGGGACAUGAGUGCAAGAACGCUAUAUGUGAUAAGUUCCGGAGAGGGGUGAUCGAUGGAACAGCAUGCAGCAGUCUGUGUGAAAAGGAUACGCUUUAUUUUGGGAAGUGUCUGUCUGCCAAGCCCAGUAACCAGGUUUAUUCUGGAAGCUGGGGAGAUAUGGAGGGCAUCAUUAAGUGCCACAUGGAGGAAGUUCAUCACUAUGACCUGGCAGCAGAACUGGAGCCCAGAAAAGAACCAGUUUCCUUUAACAGGCCCACUAAAGGCACAUCUGUGGAGAAGUUUAAGGAAAUGGUCAUGAGCCAUUUAAAGGUAAAGGUGGGUGACCAGGCUAAUCUACUGGACUUGGUGGCGUUGGUUCUCGGGGUGGCCGACGCCGAUAAGGACGGUCAGAUCUCGCUGGCGGAGGCUCGCUCGGCCUGGGCUCUGCUGCAGCUGAACGAGUUCCUGCUGGCGGUGGUGCUGCAGGGCCGGGAGCACACCCCCAGACUGCUGGGCUUCUGCGGGGACCUGUACGUGAUGGAGAAGGUGCCCUACGCCCCCCUGUACGGCAUCAGCCUGCCCUGGGUGGUGGAGCUGUGGAUCCCGGCCGGCCUGCGCCGCAGCAUGGACCAGUGGGCGUCGCCCUCGUGGCCCCGCAAGGCCAAGAUCGCCAUAGGCCUGCUGGAGCUCGUGGAGGACGUGUUCCACGGCACGUUCGGCAGCUUCCUCAUGUGCGACGUGAGCGCCGCCGGCUUCGGCUACACGGAGCGCCACGACCUGAAGGUGGUGGACGCCCGGCGCAUCGUCCCCGAAGCCGCUUUCCAGGAGGUGAUGCGAGAGCGGCGGUGCGACGUGGACGCUGACUGUAUUUACGGAGCAGACUGCCACACCUCCUGCGACCUCACCAAACACCGCUGCACCACCGAGGUGACGCGGCCCAACUUAGCCAAAGCCUGUGGCGCCUUGAAGGAUUACCUUCUGAGGGGGGCGCCGUCGGACGUGAGGGAGGAGCUGGAGAAACAGCUGUAUGCCUGCAUCGCCCUGAAGGGGUCAACCGAGCAGAUGGAAAUGGAGCACUCCCUGAUCCUCAACAACCUGAAGACGCUGCUGUGGAAGAAGAUAUCCCACACCAAAGACUCCAAGUGAGACAUUCUGUCCCCCAGCGGGCGGGACAGAGGGACAGGAGUCUAAAUAAAAGCACAGAAACUGAAUGGCUUAAGAUAUGGUAAACCCAGUUUCAGCAGUCUGAUUAUCCUCCAGUUUUUAGAUGAUACACCACAACUACAGGACAGUCUCAGUAAGUUCAGAGCUCAGGGGAUCAGACUGAUUCAGCAGACUAAGGCCUAAAACUAUGACAUACUUCAUUCAACAUAUUUCAUAAUGCGUGAAUUCUGCGCACUACUGCAGGGGGCACUACAGUCACAGUCAUGUUCUCUUAUUCUGUAAACUUCAGCCAUUGCGUUUCUCUAUCUGACACAGACACUAAGAACCCAAAUACCAGAUCAUGCUGGUGCUUCUUCAUCAGUCUGAAAGAUUAUUGAAGAACAUGCUCUCUCUCUCUGAGUGGGUACAGUAGUACAGUAGGUGGCGCUCUCUCCCCUCAUCACUCCCAUUGUAAUGCUUCCAGGUAUAGGUAUCUGGGAUAGAAGGUAAAAUAUUACAUAGGAACCACUUAUUAAACAUGACAGUGAGAACAAAUCCUGUUGCCCCAUUGUGGAAAAAAGUAGAACAUAUAAUUUUUUUUUUUUUUUUGCCAAAAUUGUUAAAAAAAUAAUAAUUCACCAUUUAGUUUUGUCCAAUGCCGUUUCAUUGCCACAGGUCAUCAAAUACAGGGGCGUUUAAAAGAUUCUGAAUACUUUAGAAUUUUCUAUAUUCCUGCACUAAUUUAACCUAAUAUUUGAUUAGUUUUUUAAGUCCUAAAAUCAAAUAAAAUAAAUUAAACAAACAAAAAAAUCAGUAAUUUAUUUGUUGUGGGAAAUUGUCUAAUAUUACAUAAAUGUAAGUGGUUUAAGUAUGUGAGCCUUUAGGAUUAAGAGAGGUAGUGUUUCACUUUGUUUUAGACAGUGUUUUCAAUCAAUGGGACGAUAAUCAGGUUUUAUUUUUUAGAACAGCGAACAAAGUCUUAUUUUACACAUAAUGAAGUAGAUAUGUUUGGUUUAAAUAAGAAACAUGUUUUGCAAAAGGAAAACACUGCAUUCAAGCAUAAAUGUAUCAUGUUUUGGGUCUGUCUAUUUUGCUGCGUCUGGGCCAGGGUGGCUUGCCAUUUUUGAUAAUUAAACAAACAAACAAAAAAAUAUAUAUACAUAUAUUAUUAUUCCCGCAAAUUCUGGAGAGAGCUUAAUCUAUCAUGCAGCAAGACAACGACCCUAAGGGACUAAAAUUAAUCUACAGUUAAAGGAAACGUUUAAGCUCAGUUAUUGAUAAACAGGGGGAAUACCACAUACUAUUAUCUUCACUCACAAAUAUGAUAUAUUGGAUUAUUUUUCCUCAAUAAAUAAAUAAGCAAGUCUAAAAUUUGCUUUAUUUUUACUUACUUUUAGAAAGAGUAAGACUUUAAAGUUUUAGGCCAAAUUCAUGCAGAAAUAUAAAAUAUUAGUGUUCACAAACUUUUAAACACCACUAUAGGCCUGUAUGAGAAAGGAAUAUGUAAACUUUGCUGAACUUCUGCCUACUAAACCUGGUGAUUUGUAGGUAAGUAGAGUCAGGUGACUUGAAGAUGCUGACUGGUCCUGAUUGGAUAACAGAACCUUGUUCCAUAUUUCUACACUAAAAUCAAUAAGAUGAGGUAAAUCAAGUCAAUAGAAAGAACUGAAUUGUUUGAAUAAACACCAGAAUUGGUGCAAAUUAGGCACAGACUAAAAGCUAUUCAAAUUUUGCCCUUAUAAAAC